UUGAUCGCUGCACACCCAGAGACACACAAACACUCUUUGCCCCAGCCUGGAUUCUCAGCAGAGUGGGAGCAAGCAUCAUGAAUAAUAGAAAAAUGGUGACCAAUCUGUUGCAAGAAUGUAAGCAAAUGCUGGAUCAGAUCUCACCAGAGAUGGAGGCCCAGUCCAAGGGAGACGAGAACAAGCAUCAGCAACACAGAGCUUUGCUCCCUGAAGAUUUGAGGACCCUCAUCAAAGAGGCAAAGGAAAUGAAGUGGCCCUUCGUGCCAGAAAGGUGGCAAUACAAACAAGCCCUAGACCUCGAAGACAAAACAAACCUGCAAGAUAUGAUCAAUGCAAGGCUGCACGAGUUACUGGUUGGUUUGAAAGCUUCCAUUGCUGUCAGGGACUAUGUGACAGCCGCUGCCAUUGUCUUCCUGAUUGACCGAUUCUUAUAUUGGGUGGAUGGCUCCAUCCAGCUCCUUCAGAUUGCCAAAAGGCUGCACAAGCUUCAGCCUAGAACACCGAUUGCCCCUCAGCUGGUGAUUCGCCAAGCUCGGGUCUCUUUAAAUUCAGGGAAACUAUUAAAGGCUGAAUAUAUCCUUAGCAGUCUUAUUAACGACAAUGGAGCAACAGGUGUGUGGAAGUAUACAGAAGAAAGUGACAGAAUCCUUGUUCAGUCAGUCUGUAUACAGAUCAGAGGACAGAUUCUACAGAAAUUGGGGAUGUGGUAUGAAGCAGCAGAGCUGAUCUGGGCCUCAAUUUUGGGUUAUUUCACACUUCCACAACCAGAUAAAAAGGGGAUUGCUACCUCAUUGGGUAUUUUGGCAGACAUCUUUGUAUCCAUGAGUGAACAUGAUUACGACCGUUUCAAAAACAACUCUCAGUUUUUUAACCUGAACCUUCUUAAACACUCUGGCCAUCGUUUGCUUUCAGCUGCUGAAGCUUGCAAACUGGCAUCUGUCUUCAGCCAGUUCACACCAUUGUUUGUACUCACAGCAGUGAACAUCCGAGGUACAUGUUUGCUGUCUUACAGCUAUUCGAGCAAAUGUCCUUCAGAAAAGCAAAGGUUUUAUUUGUCUGAAGCAAAGGAAUCCUUUGAAAUUGGUAUCCUUAGUAAGAAGGAUAAAGAACCAGUCACCAGCAAACAGGAACUCCACAGUUUUAUCAAGGCAGCUUUCUGCCUUACAAAAGUGCAUCAGCGGCUUUAUGGAGAGAGCAAGAAACUUAAUCAAGUGAGCCAGUUGUGCCAGGAAGCCUUGGAGAAGCUGUAUGCUUAUAGUCAUUUGCCACGUACUAAAGAGCAAGACAAUGAACAGCUUGCCAAGGAUAUUAUGUGCCUGGUCAUGUCUGUUAAGGAGCAAUUGCAAGUGCAGAUUUUUUCUAACUCAGAUGCCAAAUCUUACAUUCCAGAUAGCUACAAAAUGGAUAUUGAAAAGCAGAUUGUGAAUGGUGAACAGAGCUUUGAGGAAGUCCUCAAAAUACAUUCCCAGCAUCACAAAGCCAUCUGUGACGUUUUUGAAAGUGCUUGCAAGAGCCAUAACAUGAGGCCAGGAGAAGGCAAAAUAGGAGCCUGUAUCACAGCUUUGAAAACUGAAACCAGAAAUAUGGACACUGCAUGUAUGACUGAAGAAAGAUCACACCGUAGGAAAGAUACUGUGCAGUUCUCUGUUUCCCAAGAGGCAAAGAAAAGUCCAGAGGGGCUUAAAGACCAAGUGCAAAAGAAAUUAAGCCAUGUUGCUAUGUUGAAUGGUUCCACUGAUGAAGAGACAGAAAGUGAACCUUCAGAAAGGGGUGAAAGCAAAGCUGAUGGCCUGCGAACCAGUUCUCAAAACAGGAGUGAAACUUCUAGUUCACUGAGAUCUUGGAGCAAAGUGUCCAAAUUGAGUUCCUCUGCUAGUUGGGAAGAGAUUGACUGCAAUGAAAAUGGCCUGCCCCAAGAUAAGGUGCAUAAAACAAAGAGCACCACAGGUGAAGAGCAAGAUCGCUCUGUAGCUGUGACUGAAGAUGUCAAAGGAAAUGUUCAAGAGUGUGAUCUUGGCUUGUUGUCUUCCAAAACGCAUCAGCUCUCUCUUCAAGAAGCUCAAAGUGACGCUAUAUGUCCACUGAAGCAUCCCUUUCAUAAUAAUAUAACUUUGACUAAUAGGCUAGCAGAAUCAUACCCAAAUUUCAAAGAGGGGCAUUUGGAAGGCACAGAGGAUGCUUUAAAACAGUCACUCAGGGAAGCUAGUAGCACUAACUCCAGAAAUAGUAAAGGCCCUUCAAGUAACGGUCCUUCUGAACAACAUUCAUUUGGAAUUAUUGUCUCCUCUACAGAAAUGGAUUCCAGGACCAAGGACAGCACCAAGAAUCCCAAUGCUAUUUCUUACCCUAAUCAGUGCAACAUUAGGAAUGGAAACCCUGGAAACCCUGAAAGCUGCAAACAACUUACAGAACCAAUACCUAGAAAUCUUGGGCCAUUGGUCGAUCCAGAAGGAGAAACUCUAGACACAACUGAAGAUGCACAAAUAAACCCACACCUACCUGAUGAAAGGAUGUCACCUGCUUCCAUAAACAGCAGCAUGCUAAGUCCAGAGCGUGAUCAUUUUGUACAAAAUUGGAUUAAUGAAUCGAUUGCUAUGAUGCCUCCAAGAGGAUCCUCUGAAAUACCCGAAGUUGACCCACAAGCAGAAACAGUAGAUGAUGGGGAAUUUGCUCUUGAUAGUGAAAGGAAAGAAGUAAAUCUCCUUGCUGACAUGGGCCUAAUGAGAGAUCAACAAAAAUGCAGGCCUGAGACCACCAAUUUUCCUUCAAGGACAGACAACAAGUCAUUAGCCAAUCAAUCUAGUGAUUGUACUACAACUGAAGACGAUGAAGCUGAAAAGCUAGGGAACAUUUUGAACAGGACACAUAGCUCAAGCUCUUCACUAAAGUCGUGGUACAAAGGGUCCCAUUUUUCUAGCAGUUUUUCUGAGCUGGGGAGUCCCUCAUUUUUGAACUCUAGUGGGAGCUCUUUUGUCUUUAUGAGUAGGACCAAAGAACAGACCCUACAAGCUCGCACCCUGAGCGACGAUGACUAUGGCAGGCUUUUAGCAGGUGUAGAACAUACCUGGCUAGUAGAGAGGAUGAAGAAUACAGGGCUCUUUAAGCCAAACCUGCUCCGUAAAGCACACUCCGCUCUCCUUUUGAAAUACUCUAAGAGAUCUGGGCUUUGGACAGCUCAGGAAACAGCUGUAUAUAUCAGAGACUACCUGAGUGUGGCAAAGAAAGGCAAACAAAGGAAUGCGUUUUGGAUACACUUUCUGCACCAAGAAGAGACGCUGGGAAGGUAUGUUGGGAAAGAGUACAAAGAAGAGAAGGAGCUUCUUCACCAUUUCAUUGACGUGGAGCGGCAAAUGACUGCCCAGUACUACGUGACGGAAUUCAACAAAAGGCUGUACGAGCAAAAAAUCCAGACGCAAAUCUUUUACAUCCCAUCGGUGGUACUCUUGAUACUAGAAGGCAAGUCUGUUCAAGGAUGUAUAACGGUGGAGCCUUACAUUCUGGGGGAAUUUGUAAAGUUAUCCAAUAACACCAAAGUAGUAAAACUGGAAUACAAAGCCACAGAAUAUGGACUUGCUUAUGGCCACUUCUGCUACGAGUUUUCCCAAGGCAGAGAUGUGGUGGUUGAUUUACAAGGCUGGGUGACCGGUAAUGGAAAAGGCCUCAUUUACCUCACCGAUCCGCAGAUCCAUUCCAUCUCUCAGAAGGAGGCAUCAUGCCUUACAAACUUUGGGAAGAAAGGGAUUCACUAUUUCUUCAACAAUCAGCACACAAAAUGCAAUGAAAUCUGCCAUCGUUUGUCAUUGACAAGACCUGCGGUAGAGAACCCAAACUGACUUUGGAUCAAAGCUUGUAAUUCAUGGAUGUGACCUCCCUGGACUUCUGUCAGCCGCCACCUGGGGAAUGGGAAAGAAGCAAAAGUGGAAUUAUGCCACUGCACUUCGUAAGCGUUCAUUGGGGAAUAUUCGAAUGUCACAGAUGACAGUGCUGUUCCUGCUCUAAAGCUCAGUACUACGGGACAUUCUCCUGCACAAGACCCAUUGCAAUGAAUGGAGCUACACACAAGCAAUAGCUCUUGUAUCAUUCCCAUUUCUUCCGGAGUGGCUGGUGUACAAGAACUUCCCAGUGGAUAGUGCCCCAAGACAUUUUUUUUCUCUAUUAAAAGGAGAAAAAGUGCAGCUUACCCCAAUGUUAAACAAUGGUGGGAUCUCUGCUAUAGACCAGACAUCUGUUUUAUACCACCCUGUCAUUUGGAUUUCUUUUGAGCAGAUCUAAAGGCCAUUUCACAUGACCUUGGAUCCCAGCCAAAAUGUGAGUCGACAAUUUGCAGAUUGGGUGUGUGUGCAGAGAAACAGUUGUGUGAUGGCUUUACCAUGGACACAAUUCUCCUAAUAUUUCCAUUCAGAUCUCCAUUUUGC